CGCCUGCAGCCAACCAGGGUCAGGCUGUGCUCACAGUUUCCUCUGGCGGCAUGUAAGGGCUCCACAAAGGAGUUGGGAGUUCAACUGAGGUGCUACAGUCGGCCUGAGGAUGGACCCCAAUCCCUGAGUGGGGCUGCCUGAGCUGGGACCUGCCGAGCAUGAUACUGAGGCAGCUGCUGACCGCACUGUGAGGGAAAACAGGGUUGAGCAGCCCCGGAACCGGCUGCAGGGCAGGCCAGUGAGGCAGGGCUGCGAAGGAGAGGAGGCCAGUUCGGCCUGCGACUUGAGACCCCGUGGAGGCCAUGGCCGGGCCCCGCUGACGACAGGGGACGGGUGAAGCAUGUGAAGAGCUGCCCUGGGAGCCAAGCAGUAGGGAAGAGGCUACCACAAAUUCAUUUGUAAAGAAUAACCACCACAUUGCAAGCACCAUGAGUCCACUGUGCAUGACGUGCUGGUGGCUGGGACUGCUGGCCACUCUGGGAGCUGCUGCAGGCUCUGAGGAUACUUUUGAGGGCACAGAAGAAGGCUCACAAAGAGAGUAUAUUUACCUCAACAGGUACAAGCGAGCAGGUGAGUCCCCAGACAAGUGCACCUACACCUUCAUCGUGCCCCAGCAGCGGGUCACGGGUGCCAUCUGCGUCAACUCCAAGGAGCCUGAGGUGCUCCUAGAGAACCGAGUGCAUAAGCAGGAGUUGGAGCUGCUCAAUAAUGAGCUGCUCAAGCAGAAGCGGCAGAUCGAGACACUGCAGCAGCUGGUAGAAGUGGACGGUGGCAUUGUGAGCGAGGUAAAGCUGCUGCGCAAGGAAAGCCGCAACAUGAACUCUCGUGUCACGCAGCUCUACAUGCAACUCCUGCAUGAGAUCAUCCGCAAACGGGACAAUGCACUGGAGCUCUCCCAGCUGGAAAACCGAAUCCUGAACCAGACAGCCGAUAUGCUGCAGCUGGCCAGCAAGUACAAGGACUUGGAACACAAGUACCAGCACCUGGCCACACUGGCCCACAACCAAUCAGAGGUCAUCGCUCAGCUGGAGGAGCACUGCCAGAGGGUACCUGCAGCCAGGCCCAUGCCCCAGCCGCCUCCUGCCACCCCACCGCGGGUCUACCAGCCACCCACCUACAACCGCAUCAUCAACCAGAUCUCCACCAACGAAAUCCAAAGUGACCAGAACCUGAAGGUGCUGCCACCCCCUCUGCCCACCAUGCCUGCCCUCACUAGCCUCCCAUCCUCUACUGACAAACCAUCAGGGCCCUGGAGAGACUGUCUGCAGGCCCUGGAAGAUGGCCAUGAUACCAGCUCCAUCUACCUGGUAAAGCCUGAGAACACUAACCGCCUCAUGCAGGUGUGGUGUGACCAGAGACAUGACCCUGGGGGUUGGACUGUCAUCCAGAGGCGCCUGGAUGGUUCCGUCAACUUCUUUAGGAACUGGGAGACAUACAAGCAAGGGUUUGGGAACAUUGAUGGCGAGUACUGGCUGGGCCUGGAGAACAUCUACUGGCUGACAAACCAAGGCAACUACAAACUGCUUGUGACCAUGGAGGACUGGUCUGGACGCAAGGUCUUUGCAGAAUACGCCAGCUUCCGCGUGGAGCCCGAGAGCGAGUAUUAUAAGCUACGUCUAGGGCGAUACCAUGGCAAUGCAGGUGACUCCUUCACUUGGCACAAUGGCAAGCAGUUCACCACUCUGGACAGAGACCAUGAUGUUUACACAGGAAACUGCGCCCACUAUCAGAAGGGAGGCUGGUGGUAUAAUGCCUGUGCCCACUCCAACCUCAACGGGGUCUGGUACCGUGGGGGUCACUACCGGAGCCGUUACCAGGAUGGGGUCUACUGGGCUGAGUUCCGAGGAGGCUCCUACUCCCUCAAGAAAGUGGUGAUGAUGAUCCGACCCAACCCCAACACCUUCCACUAAGCCUGCUCGCCCCUGACUCCGUGGCCAUCAUCAGGAACCACCCUGACUGUGUAGCCCCAGCACAACACCUCACCAGUUCAUCUCAGCUGGGAGGAUGGGACGCAGGAUUCUGCUUUCCAAAGUUAUUGUGCCGCAUAUGGAACUGGACUGCUACAGUGUUCUCUGUCCCCCUUCUUUCCUUCAUACCCAACAACCCCUCAUGUUAUCAGGAUAGGAUGGGAAUGCACACAACUCUUCCUUUAAAAACCCAACUGUACACUUUUGUGACAUGCAUGUACAUGAGCCUCUCUGUGCAGACUGUAUGUACAUGCGCUUAGAUACCUGUCACAUGUGAUACGUAUGGACACUCCGUAUUCUACUUUCAGUUCUCAGAUGCUGAAGCUAUCACCAACAGCGUUGCUCUUCAGAGGAAAGCAUUUUCCUUAAUGCUGUGUAACUUGAGUCUAAGGGUAGAACACAGGCUGUGUUGCCUUAGUUCAAAAUGAAUCCUUGGCAUCGGUGCCUGGAUUCUUCCAGAAAUGUCUGUAAAGGCUCACCUCUCACAUAGGGGCUCCAUACCUCCCCUCUGAAGAACCCCUGUGAGAACCUUAUCAGACUUCAUACUCUCCCUCCCUGUCCUUCCUUACACCACUCCCCCUUCUCAGGACUUCUUACCAACCUCUACCCAGUUACCCCCUCAUCUAGUGCCUUCUGAGCCUCAGUCCCUAGCUGCUCGCUGGGGUUCAAGGCACCGCUUUUCCCUCCUUCCCUGGCCACUCUUCUCUGCCACACAGGCCUUUCUAUCCAGGCAAGAUCCCUCAGCCUCUGAGAAGGAACAGUUUUGGCUCGGUAAAGAAAGGCCAGGUCAAGUGACACCAGCACCGUAAUGUAUUCACAGUUUUGUAUUUUCCGUUCAUACUGUAGCCUCCACAUCAUUGUAACUUUCACACAAAUAGUAGCCUGCCUUGCCAGAGAUACUCAGCUGAAGAGAAGUCACUAUCAAUACGUUGGGGGCCCCAGAUGGCAACAAACCUGAGGUUCCAUGCUCAGUGGACCAGAGUCUGUACCUCGACCCCAAGUCCACUUCCCUGAAAGAUGGGGCCACAUGGGGGAGGAGUGGCUACUUCCUAUAAGUUGCUGAACUGUUAGUGGCCACAGGCCCCAUGGCUGGUGUACUGGGACAUGGUGGCUUCUGAGUCCUGAUGGGCUCAGUGCUACCAGAAUGAAUGCAGAGGCUGAAGAGAUGAGUCUAGAAGGGGAAAUCCUCCCAGUGGGCAUGUGGGCCAGGCAUGUGAGGUGUGGGGCGUUUGGUACUGUCCACAUCUGAGUGGGUGUCUAUUACCUCAGCAUUUCUCACAGUGUACCAUGUAGCAUGUUCUGUGUAUAUAAAAGGGAGGGUUUUUUUUAAUAUAUAUAUUCCCAGAUUAUCCUUGUUAUGACACAAAUCUGCAAUAAAAGCCAUCA